AUGGCUGGUCCGGCAGCGGCAGCCCUAGCAGAAACGGACGGACUGGACCUCCCGGCGGCGUCAACCGAACCGACCAGCUCUGGCUGGCGGACUGGCGGGCGGGUAACUGCCGGGUCGCCGCCGCUUCCGGCGGCCGGGAGCUCUCGCGAGAGGACGGGCUGGUCUCGCGGGCGGUGGCGUUGCCGUGGCGACCGCGCGGGCCAGGGAGGCGGCGGCCGGGCCUCUUGUGAGGAGCCAAAGUCGGCGCGGCCCUGUUCAGUCCCAGAGGCUACGGAAAGGCCGCUGGACAGGCCUACACAAGAGUCUGAGAAGCCUCCAGACACCAAGCCUGCAGAGAGCUUCCAUGAGAAGAAAGGGGCAGCUAAGCGGCAGUGGCCUUCAUCUGAAGUGGAAGAGAAACCUGACGUAAAUUCGGAAAAGAAGAAAUUUGCCAUCCCCCAGAUCGUCGUCACCACAGCCUCAAAAGAGACUCUGAUCAGCUACGACUCCACAGGAAUGGAGGAGCAGAGGACCAUUCGGGAAAGUGCAGAGCCAGGCCCGUUCUACCGGCACAGGAGCCCCAGUACGGCAGACGCCUAUAAUUCACAGGCCAAAGAAUAAACAGGCACCCCAGUAGCUGCAGUCACUGCCUGUGCUCUGAGUCUCAGAGGUGAUGGCAAAGGGCUGCGCUAUCCUGUGGAAAGCUGCAGGGGCCCCCUCAGUAAACAAGGCUCUCCCCAGCUUCUCCAAAGCCGCAGGCAGCCGGGCAGAGGGCAAGAGUGAGUCUGGGGUGAUCGGUGAAGACACGGCCCUGU